AGCGCGACGAGAGAAGGAGGAAGACGAGUCGGGAGCCCACAGAAGCCAACACUUCUUUUGUUUGGAGCACCCCGGCGCGCGGGGUCACGGUGGGCUGAAUGGACUCGGACUGAGCCUGAGCCAAGCACGCUAAUUAGGAAAACCUGGUGGCGCAAUUAAGCUCCUGGCGCGUACAAGUGGGCAACUGGAGUUUAUCUUGGCCAUGCAGAGUUAAGUUUUAAAAGUGCGCUUGUCUGUUGAGUUGAAUCCGGCCGAUUCGUAGAGACCUUUGAUGGUGGAGACGCUCUUAGCUUCUCGACACCAUGAGUUGGAGUUUCCUGACGCGUCUGCUGGAUGAGAUUUCAAACCACUCCACCUUUGUGGGGAAGAUCUGGCUGACGGUGCUCAUCAUCUUCCGCAUCGUCCUGACGGCUGUCGGCGGGGAGACGAUCUACUACGAUGAGCAGAGCAAAUUUGUCUGCAACACGCAGCAGCCGGGUUGUGAGAACGUGUGCUACGACGCCUUUGCGCCGCUCUCACACGUCCGCUUCUGGAUCUUUCAGGUAAUUAUGAUCACCACUCCUACCAUUAUGUACCUGGGAUUCGCCAUGCACAAAAUCGCCCGCAUGGAAGACUCGGACUACCGUCCGCGACGUAAGAAGAGGAUGCCCAUCAUCAGCCGUGGCGCAGUUCGGGACUACGAAGAGGCUGAGGACAAUGGAGAAGAAGACCCCAUGGUCGCAGAGGAGAUCGAGCACGAGAAGCCAGACAAGGAGGAAAAAAGCGUACAGGAGAAGAAGCAUGACGGACGGCGGAGGAUCUUGCGAGAUGGCCUGAUGAAAGUCUAUAUAUGCCAGCUCCUGUGGCGCUCAGCUUUCGAAGUGGGCUUCCUUUGUGGCCAGUUCAUUCUGUAUGGCUUUGAGGUUAUCCCCUUCUACACCUGCACUCGCUCACCCUGCCCGCACACAGUAGACUGCUUUGUAUCUCGGCCCACUGAAAAGACCAUCUUCCUCUUGAUCAUGUACGUGGUGUCUUUCCUCUGCCUGAUCCUCACGGUCUUUGAAAUCAUGCACUUGGGCAUCGGCAGUAUCCGCGACACCUUCCGCAGGCGGGCCACCCAGAGGUCACAAACGCCCUCUCCCCUUCAUGCCUUAGCCUCAGCACCACCGGGGUAUCACGCUGCUGUGAAAAAAGGAGCCAAAGGGGAGCUUAGGAUCUCGCCGACAGGUGACUCUGGCUUGGACAGUUUUGGCAACUCGUCCCGUGACCUGGAGCGGUUGCGCAGGCACUUGAAGCUGGCACAGCAGCACUUGGACCUGGCCUACCACACGGAGGAGGGAAGUCCCUCACGCAGCAGCAGCCCCGAGGUCCACACUGUGGCGCAAACGCCAGCCGAGCAGAACCGUCUCAAUUUUGCUCAAGAGAAGCAGGGAGAUGUGAGCCAAAAAGGAAUACGUGCCUGAACCUGCCUUCUGGAUGUCUUCUGUCUUGUCAUUCCCCAAGCCUUAUCGCAUUGGGUAAGGUGCAUCUGGAGAAGCAGUUGAACCACUAAGAGGAUGUGGAUGUUUAUGUGCGUGCGUAUGUGUGAAAGAAAAAGAAUACUCCUUUCAGUACUACAUGUCUGUUGAGAGAGCCGAGUGGAGGCGGGAAAGAGCUGAUUCACCUUUAAUGGCUGUUAUGUGGUUGGUUCAUUUUUAACCAAAAGCCCAAGGCGGCCCUGCCACUCGCGAGCUCACUUAUUUUUCCCUGAAAUCCCUGUCCAUUCUUGCCACCUUGGCUGCCCCGGUUCUUUUUCUCCUUCUCACAAAAGUGAUAGGGCUUUUUUUGUAAGCUUGUGUAGAUAUUUCUGGAGCAGUGCUCAUUGUUGUUGUUUUUCUUAGGCUUAUAUAUUUCUUUCUUUGGGCCAAAUUGUUGAACUGGAAAAUGCUUGAAUUCUUCAUGCUCCAAAAACAUUCCUAAGGACUUCCAAAAAAAAACAUUUGCAAUACAUUUCAUUCAUACUUUUGUAUAAAACUAACCCCCCCAACCUACCCCCCUUCUCCGCCCUGCUUCACUGAGUUUUCCUUCCCAAAAUGGUAUGAUUCACCUUCGUCACUGCAGAGGGUUUGGAAAACAGUAAUUUUUUUUUUUUUUUUUUUGGCUUCUUGGCUAAACCUCAUUGAGCUGUGUGGUGAUCAGCAGCGCCAACUCCAUCCUGCUGGAAUACAUUCCUCUUGGGUGAGA